AUGACAUCACAUCCAGACGUGAGUGAUGACAUCACAUCCAGACGUGAGUGAUGACAUGACAUCCAGACGUGAGUGAUGACAUGACAUCCAGACGUGAGUGAUGACAUCACAUCCAGACGUGAGUGAUGACAUCACAUCCAGACGUGAGUGAUGACAUCACAUCCAGACGUGAGUGAUGACAUCACAUCCAGACGUGAGUGAUGACAUCACAUCCAGACGUGAGUGAAGACACAUUGGGAGGUCCUCAUGGCUGAUCCUGCUUUGCCAAAAGGUUUUCUCUGACCCUCCUCUCUUCUCGCACUACAAGGAAAGGAAUGUCAGGGAUUUCAUCGUUCGGGCUGACACUUAAGUCCCCCCAAAAAGGAAUGAUGGACGACCGGACGAGGUGACCGGUUUCUACCCCUACCGUAGUUGUGACCGGUUUCUACCCCUACCGUAGUUGUGACCGGUUUCUACCCCUACCGUAGUUGUGACCGGUUUCUACCCCUACCGUAGUUGUGACCGGUUUCUACCCCUACCGUAGUUGUGACCGGUUUCUACCCCUACCGUAGUUGUGACCGGUUUCUACCCCUACCGUAGUUGUGACCGGUUUCUACCCCUACCGUAGUUGUGACCGGUUUCUACCCCUACCGUAGUUGUGACCGGUUUCUACCCCUACCGUAGUUGUGACCGGUUUCUACCCCUACCGUAGUUGUGACCAGUUUCUACCGUAGUUGUGACCGGUUUCUACCCUACCGUAGUGUGACCGGUUUCUACCCCUACCGUAGUUGUGACCGGUUUCUACCCCUACCGUAGUUGUGACCGGUUUCUACCCCUACCGUAGUUGUGACCGGUUUCUACCGUAGUUGUGACCGGUUUCUACCGUAGUUGUGCGGCUUGUAGUGACUCUUAUAAACACAAUAGAGUGAAUUUAGUAGCUCUGCCACUGGUAAACCAUCAAACAGUUCCUUCUAACGCCAUAUACCUUGUCUCUUGUCCAUGCAGUACUCAAUACGUAGACUGAUAACAACACGCAUUAUAGAACACAAGAGUGCUGCAAGGAAAAAUGACCCUAAAUCCCCUAUUGCAGGUCAUUUCUCAGAGGCCGGUCACCCCGUCUCCUCCUAUUGCAGGUCAUUUCUCAGAGGCCGGUCACCCCGUCUCCUCCUAUUGCAGGUCAUUUCUCAGAGGCCGGUCACCCGUCUCCUCCUAUUGCAGGUCAUUUCUCAGAGGCCGGUCACCCCGUCUCCUCCUAUUGCAGGUCAUUUCUCAGAGGCCGGUCACCCCGUCUCCCCCUAUUGCAGGUCAUUUCUCAGAGGCCGGUCACCCCGUCUCCUCCUAUUGCAGGUCAUUUCUCAGAGGCCGGUCACCCCGUCUCCUCCUAUUGCAGGUCAUUUCUCAGAGGCCGGUCACCCCGUCCCUCCUAUUGCAGGUCAUUUCUCAGAGGCCGGUCACCCCGUCUCCUCCUAUUGCAGGUCAUUUCUCAGAGGCCGGUCACCCUGUCUCCCCCUAUUGCAGGUCAUUUCUCAGAGGCCGGUCACCCCCGUUCCUCCUAUUGCAGGUCAUUUCUCAGAGGCCGGUCACCCCGUCUCCUCCUAUUGCAGGUCAUUUCUCAGAGCCGGUCACCCCGUCUCCUCCUAUUGCAGGUCAUUUCUCAGAGGCCGGUCACCCCGUCUCCUCCUAUUGCAGGUCAUUUCUCAGAGGCCGGUCACCCCGUCUCCUCCUAUUGCAGGUCAUUUCUCAGAGGCCGGUCACCCCGUCUCCUCCUAUUGCAGGUCAUUUCUCAGAGGCCGGUCACCCCGUCUCCUCCAUGUCCUUCUGUGCUCUACAGCAGAUAAACCUUCACAUAGGGGUGGUCAUCUUCAGCUUAGUCUUCUCCAGGCAGAAUCUAAAAACUCUCCACACAUCAGGAUGAAUUAACUAUUAGUAUUGAAGUGUUUUCUGUAACUGGUGCUUUAAAUCCCCCCCAUCUAGUGGCCUUUCCCUCCAGCUCCCUGUUCUAUAGUCUGGCCUUUUAGACCCUUACAAUCCUGUGGUUUUAUUCUAAGGACAUUUUCACAUAGUAUAAUGGAAAAGUAAAAAUGUUGAUGCUCCUGUACUUUAAUCAUACCUUUGUAUUAUGGACUUGUAUGCAUGUGUGUCUAUACACUACCAGUCAAAGGUUUGGACACCUUUUCUACAUUGUAGAAUAAUAGUGAAAACAUAAAAACUACGAGGUCGGGUGAUUGUGGAGGCCAGGUCAUCUGAUGCAGCACUCCAUCACUCUCCUUCUUGGUCAAAUAGCCCUUACACAGCCUGGAGGUGUGUUGGGUCAUUGUCCUGUUGAAAAAUAAAUGAUAGUUCCACUAAGGGCAAACCAGAUGGGAUGGUGUAUCGCUGCAGAAUGCUGUGGUUGACAUGCUGGUUAAGUGUGCCUUGAAUUUUAAAUAAAUCACAGACAGUCUCACCAGCAAAGCACCAUCACACCUCCUCCUCCAUGCUUCACGGUGGGAACCACAUAUGCAGAGAUCAUCCGUUCACCUACUCUGCGUCUCACAAAGACACGGCGGUUGGAACCAAAAAUCUCCAAUUUGGACUCCAGACCAAAGGACACAUUUCCACCGGUCUAAUGUCCAUUGCUCGUGUUUCUUGGCCCAAGCAAGUCUCUUCUUAUUAUUGGUGUCCUUUAGUAGUGGUUUCUUUGCAGCAAUUCAACCAUGAAGGCCUGAUUCAUGCAGUCUCCUCUGAACAGUUGAUGUUGAGAUGUGUCUGUUACUUGAACUCUGUGAAACAUUUAUUUGGGCUGCAAUUUCUGAGGCUGGUAACUCUAAUGAACUUAUCCUCUGCAGCAGAGGUAACUCUGGGUCUUCCAUUCCUGUGGCGAUCCUCAUGAGAGCCAGUUUCAUCAUAGCGCUUGAUGGUUUCUGCGUCUGCACUUGAAGAAACGUUCAAAGUUCUUGAAAUGUUCCGUAUUGACUGACCUUCAUGUCUUAAAGUUAUGAUGGACUGUCGUUUCUCUUUGCUUAUUUGAGCUGUUCUUGCCAUAAUAUGGACUUGGUCUUUUACCAAAUAAGGCUAUCUUCUAUAUACCCCCCCUACCUUGUCACAACACAACUGAUUGGCUCAAACGCAUUAAGAAGGAAAGAAAUUCCACAAAUUAACUUUUAACAAGGCACACCUGUUAAUUGAAAUGCAUUCCAGGUGACUACCUCAUGAAGCUGGUUGAGAGAAUGCCAAGAGUGUGCAAAGCUGUCAUCAAGGCAAAGGGUGCCUAUUUGAAGAAUCUCAAAUAUAAAAUAUAUUUUGAUUUGUUGAACACUUAUUUGGUUACUAGAUGAUUCCAUACGUGCUAUUUCAUAGUUUUGAUGUCUUCACUAUUAUUCUACAAUGUAGAAAAUAGUAAAAAUAAAGAAAAACACUGGAAUGAGUAGGUGUGUCCAAACUUUUGGCUGGUACUGUAUAUAUGUUUAUUUAUUAUUAUUUCUCUAAACCUACCACCCCUCCCCUAAUUGAAGUAAACUAAUGGACAACAAUACCUAAGCUUCUACUUCCAGCUUCUACAUACAGGGUUCACACAUGGUGCUUAAAGUACUUGAAUUUGGCAUUCUGAAAUUCAAGUACUGGAAUACCUUGAAAAAUAUACUUUUUCUCAAGUUGGUACUUGAAAAGUACUUGAAUUAAAAUGAGAGGAGAACAGAAAAUGAUCAAAUAUGUUAAUCUGUACAAUAUUAGAAAAAUAUAUUGGUCUUGCGAAUUAAUUUCCAGGCAGACUACAGAGUUUUAUUUCCUCGCACGUUUUGCGCUGUGGUCGCCAGGCGAGCACGCUCAUUCCACCCACACUGCCACUCAGCCAGACAGGUACAGAACUGACUAACUAGGCGCCGCCAAGCGUCACAUCGAUAGCAAAAAUGGUGAUUAAAUUCUGCCUUUUGCGCGUAUGGAACAUUUCUGGUAUCUUUAAUUUCAGCUCAUGAAACAGGGGACCAACACUUUACAUGUUGUAUUUUAUAUUUGUGUUCAGUGUAGUUUACCCACCUUUUUUUACCACUACAUUACUGGACCCAACCAACCCACACUGUGUAAGGUGCAAAAAAUGUGUCAGACUUUGACAUUGCAAGUAUCAGUGAAUCGGCCCUGAAGAGCCACAUGAAGGGGAAAAAGACACCGCUGCAUCCUGCGCUGGCGCCAGUUCUACAUUGUGACAUUUUCUCUGCAACAACCUCCAGAGCUUUUUUGCCAAUCGCCUCAUUCUCCCCCAAAAGGCAGAUGUAGAUAGGUCAAUUAGAUCAACAAUAGACUUUCAAAACUUUCCAAAACAACAAACUUUCCAAAACAACAAACUUUCCAAAACAACAAACUUUCCAAAAUGACAAACCCAGUUCUCCCUCAUCCCGCGGUCAGGAAAUGUACGUAUUUUCCUGCGCACUCAAGGUGUAUUCGAAAACGUUGCUGAAUAGCAAGCAUGAAAUUAGCCGUAGAAUGAAUCGGAACAAGUCCUGGACAUGUAUCUAGGAUCAGGUCAUAAAGGGUCUCAUAGUAGCAGUGCUGAUCUGGGAUCAGUUUAGCCUUUUAGAUCAUAAUGAAUAAUAUUAUAUGGACAUGGAGGGGCCUGAUCCCAGAUCAGCACUGCUACUCUGAGACCCUUUAUGCCCUGAUCCCAGAUCAGCACUGCUACUCUGAGACCCUUUAUGACCUGAUCCCAGAUCAGCACUGCUACUCUGAGACCCUUUAUGCCCUGAUCCCAGAUCAGCACUGCUACUCUGAGACCCUUUAUGACCUGAUCCCAGAUCAGCACUGCUACUCUGAGACCCUUUAUGCCCUGAUGCUUUGUGAAUACAGGCCCUGAUGUCGUAAAGAGCCUAUCUUGAUGAUGUUGUUGUUUCCAGGGAGAGAAGAUCUUCUUCCUGAUCAAGCCCACGUCAGCUAACUUAUCGCUGUACGAGCGCUGGAGGUCCUCAGCCAAUCACACAGAGAUGUUCUUCGCUGACCAGGUGGACAAGUGUUACAAGUGCACUCUGAAUCAGGGACAGACCCUAUUCAUACCGUCAGGUUAGUGCUGAAUCAGGGACAGACCCUAUUCAUACCGUCAGGUUAGUGCUGAAUCAGGGACAGACCCUAUUCAUACCAUCAGGUUAGUGCACUCUGAAUCAGGGACAGACCCUAUUCAUACCAUCAGGUUAGUGCUGAAUCAGGGACAGACCCUAUUCAUACCGUCAGGUUAGUGCACUCUGAAUCAGGGACAGACCCUAUUCAUACCAUCAGGUUAGUGAUCUCUGAAUCAGGGACAGACCCUAUUCAUACCAUCAGGUUAGUGCACUCUGAAUCAGGGACAGACCCUAUUCAUACCGUCAGGUUAGUGCUGAAUCAGGGACAGACCCUAUUCAUACCGUCAGGUUAGUGAUCUCUGAAUCAGGGACAGACCCUAUUCAUACCGUCAGGUUAGUGCACUCUGAAUCAGGGACAGACCCUAUUCAUACCAUCAGGUUAGUGCUGAAUCAGGGACAGACCCUAUUCAUACCAUCAGGUUAGUGCUGAAUCAGGGACAGACCCUAUUCAUACCAUCAGGUUAGUGCACUCUGAAUCAGGGACAGACCCUAUUCAUACCGUCAGGUUAGUGCACUCUGAAUCAGGGACAGACCCUAUUCAUACCAUCAGGUUAGUGCACUCUGAAUCAGGGACAGACCCUAUUCAUACCGUCAGGUUAGUGCUGAAUCAGGGACAGACCCUAUUCAUACCGUCAGGUUAGUGCUGAAUCAGGGACAGACCCUAUUCAUACCGUCAGGUUAGUGCACUCUGAAUCAGGGACAGACCCUAUUCAUACCGUCAGGUUAGUGCACUCUGAAUCAGGGACAGACCCUAUUCAUACCGUCAGGUUAGUGCACUCUGAAUCAGGGACAGACCCUAUUCAUACCGUCAGGUUAGUGCACUCUGAAUCAGGGACAGACCCUAUUCAUACCGUCAGGUUAGUGCACUCUGAAUCAGGGACAGACCCUAUUCAUACCAUCAGGUUAGUGAUCUCUGAAUCAGGGACAGACCCUAUUCAUACCAUCAGGUUAGUGCACUCUGAAUCAGGGACAGACCCUAUUCAUACCAUCAGGUUAGUGCUGAAUCAGGGACAGACCCUAUUCAUACCGUCAGGUUAGUGCUGAAUCAGGGACAGACCCUAUUCAUACCAUCAGGUUAGUGCUGAAUCAGGGACAGACCCUAUUCAUACCGUCAGGUUAGUGAUCUCUGAAUCAGGGACAGACCCUAUUCAUACCAUCAGGUUAGUGCUGAAUCAGGGACAGACCCUAUUCAUACCAUCAGGUUAGUGCUGAAUCAGGGACAGACCCUAUUCAUACCAUCAGGUUAGUGCACUCUGAAUCAGGGACAGACCCUAUUCAUACCAUCAGGUUAGUGCUGAAUCAGGGACAGACCCUAUUCAUACCAUCAGGUUAGUGCACUCUGAAUCAGGGACAGACCCUAUUCAUACCAUCAGGUUAGUGCUGAAUCAGGGACAGACCCUAUUCAUACCGUCAGGUUAGUGCACUCUGAAUCAGGGACAGACCCUAUUCAUACCAUCAGGUUAGUGCUGAAUCAGGGACAGACCCUAUUCAUACCGUCAGGUUAGUGCACUCUGAAUCAGGGACAGACCCUAUUCAUACCGUCAGGUUAGUGUACUCUGAAUCAGGGACAGACCCUAUUCAUACCAUCAGGUUAGUGCUGAAUCAGGGACAGACCCUAUUCAUACCGUCAGGUUAGUGCUGAAUCAGGGACAGACCCUAUUCAUACCGUCAGGUUAGUGCUGAAUCAGGGACAGACCCUAUUCAUACCGUCAGGUUAGUGAUCUCUGAAUCAGGGACAGACCCUAUUCAUACCAUCAGGUUAGUGCUGAAUCAGGGACAGACCCUAUUCAUACCGUCAGGUUAGUGCUGAAUCAGGGACAGACCCUAUUCAUACCAUCAGGUUAGUGCUGAAUCAGGGACAGACCCUAUUCAUACCAUCAGGUUAGUGCUGAAUCAGGGACAGACCCUAUUCAUACCAUCAGGUUAGUGCUGAAUCAGGGACAGACCCUAUUCAUACCAUCAGGUUAGUGCACUCUGAAUCAGGGACAGACCCUAUUCAUACCAUCAGGUUAGUGCUGAAUCAGGGACAGACCCUAUUCAUACCAUCAGGUUAGUGCUGAAUCAGGGACAGACCCUAUUCAUACCAUCAGGUUAGUGCUGAAUCAGGGACAGACCCUAUUCAUACCGUCAGGUUAGUGCACUCUGAAUCAGGGACAGACCCUAUUCAUACCGUCAGGUUAGUGCACUCUGAAUCAGGGACAGACCCUAUUCAUACCAUUACAUUUACAUUUACAUUUUAGUCAUUUAGCAGACGCUCUUAUCCAGAGCGACUUACAGUUAGUGAAUACAUAUUUUUUUAUUCUGGCCCCCCGUGGGAAUCGAACCCACAACCCUGGCGUUGCAAACGCCAUGCUCUAUCAACUGAGCUACAUCCCUGCCGGCCAUUCCCUCCCCUACCCUGGACGACGCUGGGCCAAUUGUGCGCCGCCCAUGAGUCUCCCGGUCGCGGCCGGUUGCGACAGAGCAUGGAUUCGAACCAGGAUCUCUAGUGGCACAGUUAGCACUGCGAUGCAGUGCCUUAGACCACUGCGCCACUCAGGAGUACUGAGUGGCGCCCAUACCAUCAGGUUAGAUCACUCUGAAUCAGGGACAGACCCUAUUCAUACCAUCAGGUUAGUGCUGAAUCAGGGACAGACCCUAUUCAUACCGUCAGGUUAGUGCUGAAUCAGGGACAGACCCUAUUCAUACCAUCAGGUUAGUGCACUCUGAAUCAGGGACAGACCCUAUUCAUACCGUCAGGUUAGUGAACUCUGAAUCAGGGACAGACCCUAUUCAUACCAUCAGGUUAGUGCACUCUGAAUCAGGGACAGACCCUAUUCAUACCGUCAGGUUAGUGAACUCUGAAUCAGGGACAGACCCUAUUCAUACCGUCAGGUUAGUGCUGAAUCAGGGACAGACCCUAUUCAUACCGUCAGGUUAGUGCUGAAUCAGGGACAGACCCUAUUCAUACCGUCAGGUUAGUGCUGAAUCAGGGACAGACCCUAUUCAUACCAUCAGGUUAGUGCUGAAUCAGGGACAGACCCUAUUCAUACCAUCAGGUUAGUGAACUCUGAAUCAGGGACAGACCCUAUUCAUACCGUCAGGUUAGUGCUGAAUCAGGGACAGACCCUAUUCAUACCAUCAGGUUAGUGCACUCUGAAUCAGGGACAGACCCUAUUCAUACCAUCAGGUUAGUGCACUCUGAAUCAGGGACAGACCCUAUUCAUACCAUCAGGUUAGUGCACUCUGAAUCAGGGACAGACCCUAUUCAUACCAUCAGGUUAGUGCACUCUGAAUCAGGGACAGACCCUAUUCAUACCAUCAGGUUAGUGCUGAAUCAGGGACAGACCCUAUUCAUACCAUCAGGUUAGUGCUGAAUCAGGGACAGACCCUAUUCAUACCGUCAGGUUAGUGCUGAAUCAGGGACAGACCCUAUUCAUACCGUCAGGUUAGUGCACUCUGAAUCAGGGACAGACCCUAUUCAUACCAUCAGGUUAGUGAACUCUGAAUCAGGGACAGACCCUAUUCAUACCAUCAGGUUAGUGCACUCUGAAUCAGGGACAGACCCUAUUCAUACCAUCAGGUUAGUGCUGAAUCAGGGACAGACCCUAUUCAUACCGUCAGGUUAGUGCACUCUGAAUCAGGGACAGACCCUAUUCAUACCAUCAGGUUAGUGCACUCUGAAUCAGGGACAGACCCUAUUCAUACCAUCAGGUUAGUGCUGAAUCAGGGACAGACCCUAUUCAUACCAUCAGGUUAGUGCACUCUGAAUCAGGGACAGACCCUAUUCAUACCAUCAGGUUAGUGCUGAAUCAGGGACAGACCCUAUUCAUAACGUCAGGUUAGUGCUGAAUCAGGGACAGACCCUAUUCAUACCGUCAGGUUAGUGCACUCUGAAUCAGGGACAGACCCUAUUCAUACCAUCAGGUUAGUGCACUCUGAAUCAGGGACAGACCCUAUUCAUACCAUCAGGUUAGUGCACUCUGAAUCAGGGACAGACCCUAUUCAUACCAUCAGGUUAGUGCUGAAUCAGGGACAGACCCUAUUCAUACCGUCAGGUUAGUGCUGAAUCAGGGACAGACCCUAUUCAUACCGUCAGGUUAGUGCUGAAUCAGGGACAGACCCUAUUCAUACCGUCAGGUUAGUGCUGAAUCAGGGACAGACCCUAUUCAUACCAUCAGGUUAGUGCUGAAUCAGGGACAGACCCUAUUCAUAACGUCAGGUUAGUGCUGAAUCAGGGACAGACCCUAUUCAUACCAUCAGGUUAGUGCUGAAUCAGGGACAGACCCUAUUCAUAACGUCAGGUUAGUGCUGAAUCAGGGACAGACCCUAUUCAUACCAUCAGGUUAGUGCUGAAUCAGGGACAGACCCUAUUCAUACCAUCAGGUUAGUGCUGAAUCAGGGACAGACCCUAUUCAUACCCAUCAGGUUAGUGCUGAAUCAGGGACAGACCCUAUUCAUACCAUCAGGUUAGUGCUGAAUCAGGGACAGACCCUAUUCAUACGUCAGGUUAGUGAACUCUGAAUCAGGGACAGACCCUAUUCAUAACCAUAAGGUUUAGUGCACUCUGAAUCAGGGACCAGACCCUAUUCAUACCAUCAGGUUAGUGCACUCCUGAAUCAGGGACAGACCCUAUUCAUACCGUCAGGUUAGUGCACUCUGAAUCAGGGACAGACCCUAUUCAUACCAUCAGGUUAGUGCACUCUGAAUCAGGGACAGACCCUAUUCAUUACCGUCCAGGUUAGUGCUGAAUCAGGGACAGGACCCUAUUCAUACCGUCAGGUUAGUGCACUCUGAAUCAGGGACAGACCCUAUUCAUACCGUCAGGUUAGUGCUGAAUCAGGGACAGACCCUAUUCAUACCGUCAGGUUAGUGCUGAAUCAGGGACAGACCCUAUUCAUACCGUCAGGUUAGUGCUGAAUCAGGGACAGACCCUAUUCAUACCAUCAGGUUAGUGCUGAAUCAGGGACAGACCCUAUUCAUACCAUCAGGUUAGUGCUGAAUCAGGGACAGACCCUAUUCAUACCAUCAGGUUAGUGCACUCUGAAUCAGGGACAGACCCUAUUCAUACCAUCAGGUUAGUGCUGAAUCAGGGACAGACCCUAUUCAUACCAUCAGGUUAGUGCACUCUGAAUCAGGGACAGACCCUAUUCAUACCAUCAGGUUAGUGCACUCUGAAUCAGGGACAGACCCUAUUCAUACCGUCAGGUUAGUGCUGAAUCAGGGACAGACCCUAUUCAUACCAUCAGGUUAGUGAACUCAAACCAUCACAUCAGAAUCAGCACUCUGUUCAGGGCUAGAUUCAGUUCUUCUCACAAAUCAGACCAGUUCUGAUGUUGUCACAUUGGGAAUAGAAUCAGACCAGUUCUGAUGUUUUCACAUUGGGAAUAGAAUCAGACCAGUUCUGAUGUUGUCACAUUGGGAAUAGAAUCAGACCAGUUCUGAUGUUGUCACAUUGGGAAUAGAAUCAGACCAGUUCUGAUGUUGUCACAUUGGGAAUAGAAUCAGACCAGUUCUGAUGUUUUCACAUUGGGAAUAGAAUCAGACCAGUUCUGAUGUUUUCACAUUGGGAAUAGAAUCACACCAGUUCUGAUGUUUUCACAUUGGGAAUAGAAUCACACCAGUUCUGAUGUUUUCACAUUGGGAAUAGAAUCAGACCAGUUCUUAUGUUGUCACAUUGGGAAUAGAACCAGACCAGUUCUGAUGUUGUCACAUUGGGAAUAGAAUCAGACCAGUUCUGAUGUUGUCACAUUGGGAAUAGAAUCAGACCAGUUCUGAUGUUGUCACAUUGGGAAUAGAAUCAGACCAGUUCUGAUGUUGUCACAUUGGGAAUAGAACCAGACCAGUUCUGAUGUUUUCACAUUGGGAAUAGAACCAGACCAGUCUGAUGUUCACAUGGAAUAGACAACCAAGUUCUGAUUGUCACAUUGGGAAUAGAACCAGACCAGUUCUGAUGUUUUUCACAUUGGAAUAGAAUCAGACCAGUUCUGAUGUUUUCACAUUGGGAAUAGAAUCAGACCAGUUCUGAUGUUUUCACAUUGGGAAUAGAAUCAGACCAGUUCUGAUGUUUUCACAUUGGGAAUAGAAUCAGACCAGUUCUGAUGUUUUCACAUUGGGAAUAGAAUCAGACCAGUUCUGAUGUUUUCACAUUGGGAAUAGAAUCAGACCAGUUCUGAUGUUGUCACAUUGGGAAUAGAAUCAGACCAGUUCUGAUGUUUUCACAUUGGGAAUAGAAUCAGACCAGUUCUGAUGUUGUCACAACACAGUUGUUUACUGUGUUUGUUUCCAGGUUGGAUCAAUGCAGUUCUGACUCCAGUGGACACGCUGGCCUUCUCUGGACACUUUGUCCACAACCUGAGUGUUGAGAUGCAGAUGAGGUGAGAACAUCAUUAGUAUCAAUGCAGUUCUGACUCCAGUGGACACUCUGGCCUUCUCUGGACACUUUGUCCACAACCUGAGUGUUGAGAUGCAGAUGAGGUGAGAACAUCAUUAGGAUCAAUGAGGAGGCGGAGACUGUAGCUUUACAGGUCAACUGCACUUCCUGAUUUAGCCUAGUUUUUAAUUAGCGCUCAUGAAGAAAUGGUCAUAUUGGUCCCUCGACUUGAAUGGGAUUUGUGCUACAAAUGCUAAAAUGUUAGCAUGUGGUAACAGUGCCAGGGAACCUACACCAAAGCAUGGAUUGCUGUCAUAUCUUGUCCAUAGACUGCUGACAGGGUGAGGAAACCAAGAUGUCGUUUUGUAAUUUGGGUGAACUAUCCCUUUAAAUAAAACAUAAACGUGUGUUUCCCUCUCCAGAGCUUACGAGGUAGAGAAGCGUCUGAAGGUGAACUGUCUGACUCCGUUCCCCAACUUUGAGACGGCCUGCUGGUACGUGGGACGCCACCUGUUGGAGCGAUUCAAAGGUACGUCACCUUUUUUUAUUUCCACAACUAUUAUGCUUUCAGGUUUGGUUUCUGGCUUCCUCUUCCUCUACGUUCCUCUUCCUGUGCUUGUGAUGCGUUUCCUGUUCAACUCGUGGUGCUUGUGCGUUUCCUGUUCCUCUAGUGGUGUAUAGCGUGUGUCCUUCCUACGGUCUGCUCAGCAGAUGAGGAGAUGGAGACUCUAAUAUUAUUACAGUCAUUUAAAGGUCUGCGUGGCGUCGUUCACAGAUGAUUAGGUUCAAGAGGCCUGGCACAGACACAAUAACUAGUUCUCUGCUCUCUCUCUGUGUUUUAACCCCUCUCGGCUGGCCGGACAACUCUGUUUACAUUUCCACUGAACGCUUUUUCUCACUGCUGUAAUGCGGCCAGAUUGCCUUCUUAUGAUUACAUUGCCAACAUACUGUUCUGGUCAAACGUUGUGCAAAACGUAAGGCGCAACGUAACGUAACGUAUGCAAGGAAUACGGUGUCGUGGGACACAGCUUAUAAGACCACGUUUACAUCCCAUUAUCAUCUUAUGGAGGUGGAACAUACAGGUUAUGGAGGUGGAACAUACAGGUCUUAUCUCUUUGAUUAUUUUAAGACGAGUUUCUAAAAUGUCAAAACAUCACAUACCGUUUAUAGUUAAUCACUCUGUAAUUAACAAUUAACUUUUGUCUCCUUAACGUAUGAAUUCAUGAACACAUUUUUCUUUCUUUAAAGUUCAACACACCUGUGGCUUGCGGUGGCGUUGUAGGUCAUGACAGCUAGGAAUGGGUCAGCCUGUUUGGGCCUGUUUGGGCCUGUUUGGGCCUGUUUGGGCCUCCCCACCAGAGAUGUUCUUCAGUUUAGCUCUUGUAGUUUCUCCUGACAUGUCUUUGAGGCAAGUUAUUUAUAUAUACCUAGAAAAAUAAUCCACAACUACCAAGUAGUUUUGGGUGUUGAGUUCACAUAUCAAAUCAAAUCUAAAUGUAUUUGUCACACGCGCCGAAUACAACCUGUGUAGACCUUACCGUGAAAUGCUUACUUUACAAGCCCUUAACCAACAAUGCAGUUUUAAGAAAAUGUUUACUAAAUAAACUAAAGUAAAAAAUAGUAACACACUAAAAUAACAAUAACGAGGCUAUAUACAGGGUGUACGGGUACCGAGUCAAUGGGCUGGGGUACAGGUAAUCCAGGUAAUUGAGGUAAUAUGUACAUGUAGGGAGGGGUAAAGUGACUAUGCAUAGAAAUAAACAGUGAGUAGCAGCAGUGUAAAAAAAAAAAAAGGGGUGGGUCAAUGCAAAUAGUCCAGGUAGCCAUUUGAUUAGUUGUUCAGCAGUCUUAUGGCUUGGGAGUAGAAGCUGUUAAGGAGCCUUUUGGACCUAGACUUGGCGCUCCGGUACCGCUUGCCGUGCGGUAGCAGAGAGAACAGUCUAUGACUUGGGUAACUGGAGUCUUUGACAAUUUUUUGACCUUCCUCUGACACCGCCUGGUAUAGAGGUCCUGGAUGGCAGGAAGCUUGGCCCCAGUCAUGUACUGGGCUGUACGCACUACCCUCUGUUGUGCCUUGCGGUCGGAGGCCGAGCAGUUGCCAUACCAGGCGGUGAUGCAACCAGUCAGGAUGCUCUCGAUGGUGCAGCUGUAGACAUUUUUGAGGAUCUAGGGAGCCAUGCCAAAUCUUUUCAGUGUCCUGAAGGGGAAUAGGCGUUGUCGUGCCCUCUUCACGACUGUCUUGGUGUGUUUGGACCAUAAUAAUUUGUUGGUGAGGAACUUGAAGCUCUCAACCCGCUCCACUACAGCCCCGUCGAUGUGAAUGGGGCCAUGUUCGGCCCUCCUUUUCCUGUAGUCCAUGAUCAGCUCCUUUGUCUUGCUGAUGUUGAGGAAGACGUUGUCCUGGCACCACACGGCCAGGUCUCUGACCUCCCUAUAGACUGUCUCAUCGUUGUCGGUGAUCAGGCCUACCACCGUUGUGUCGUCAGCAAACUUAAUGAUGGUGUUUGAGUCAUGCCUGGCCACGCAGUCCUGGGUGAACAGGGAGUACAGGAGGGGACUGAGCACGCACCCCUGAGGGGCCCCAGUGUUGAGGAUCAGCGUGGCAGAUGUGUUGUUACCUACCCUUACCACCUGGGGUCGGCCCGUCAGGAAGUCCAGGAUCCAGUUGCAGAGAGAGGUGUUUAGUCCCAGGGUCCUUAGCUUAGUGAUGAGCUUUGUGGGCACUAUGGUGUUGAACGCUAAGUUGUAGUCAAUGAACAGCAUUCUCACAUAGGUGUUCCUUUUGUCCAGGUGGGAAAGGGCAGUAUGGAUUGCAAUUGAGAUUGUGUCAUCUGUGGAUCUGUUGGGGCGGUAAGCAAAUUGGAGUAGAUCUAGGGUUUCCAGAAUGAUGGUGUAGAUGUGAGCCAUGACCAGCCUUUCAAAGCACUUCAUGGCUACCGACAUGAGUGCCAUUGGGCGGUAGUCAUUUAGGCAGGUUACCUUAGUGUGCUUGGGCACAGGGACUAUGGUGGUCUGCUUGAAACAGACUCGGUAUUACAGACUCGGUCAGGGAGAGGUUGAACAUGUCAGUGAAGACACUUGCCAGUUGGUCAGCAAAUGCUCGGAGUACACGUCCUGGUAAUCCGUCUGGCCCCGUGGCCUUGUGAAUGUUGACCUGUUUAAAGGUCUUGCUCACAUCGGCUACAGAGAGCUUGAUCACAUAGUCAUCCGGAACAGCUGAUGCUCUCAUGCAUGCUUCAGUGUUGGCUUGUGUCACUGGGCAGCUCGCGGCUGUGCUUCCCUUUGUAGUCUGUAAUAGUUUUCAUGCCCUGCCACAUCCGACGAGCGUCGGAGCCGGUGUAGUAGGAUUCAAUUUUAGUCCUAUUACAGGGAGGAAGGAAGGGUUGGAGGCAUGGUGGGUGGGUGGGUGGGUGGGAGGGAGAGGCAUGUGUCGGGGAGGGAGGGAGGCAGGGUGGGAGGGAGGGAGGCAGGGUGGGAGGGAUGGAGAGGCAGGGGGGAGGGAGGGAGGGGCAUUUGUCCGGGGAGGGAGGGGCAGGGUGGGAGGGAGGGAGAGGCAGUGUCGGGGAGGGAGGGGGGCCAGGGUGGGAGGGGGGAGAGGCAUGUGUCGGGGAGGGAGGGAGGCAGGGGUGGGAGGGAGAGGCAUGUGUCGGGGGGGGAGGGAGGCAGGGGGGAGGGAGGGAGAGGCAUGUGUCAGGGGGGGAGGGAGGCGGGGUGGGGGGGAGAGGCAUGUGUCGGGGAGGGAGGGAGGCAGGGUUUGGAGGGAGGGGGGAGGCAGGGUGGGAGGGAGGGAGGGGAGGGUGGGAGGGAGGGAGAGGAAAUGUGUCGGGGAGGGAGGGAGGGAGGCGGGGGGGAGGGAGAGGCAUGUGUCGGGGAGGGAGGGAGGCAGGGUGGGAGGGAGGGAGAGGCAUGUGUCAGGGAGGGAGGGGGGCGGGGUAGGGAGGAGGGAGAGGCAUGGGUGGGGAGGGGGGAGGCAGGGUGGGAGGGAGGGAGGGAGGAGGGUGGGAGGGAGGGGGGGAGGCAGGGGGGAGGGAGGGAUGAGGCAUGUGUCGGGGAGGGAGGGAAAGGCAGGGUGGGAGGGAGGGAGGAGGGUGGGAGGGAGGGAGAGGCUUUGGGGUCGGGGAGGGAGGGAGGCAGGGUGGGAGGGAGGGAGGGAGGCAGGGUGGGAGGGAGGGAGAGCAUGUGUCGGGAGGGGGGAGGCGGGUGGGAGGGAGGGAGGGCAGGGGGGAGGGGGGGAAAGGAGGCAUGUGUCGGGGAGGGGGGGGAGGCAGGGUGGGAGGGAGGGAGGCAGGGUGGGAGGGAGGGAGAGGCAUGUGUGGGGGAGGGGGAGGCAGGGUGGGAGGGAGGGAGGGAGGCAGGGUGGGGGGGAGGGAGAGGCAUGUGUCGGGGAGGGAGGGGGGGGGAGGCAGGGUUGGGAGGGGGGGAGGGAGGCAGGGUGGGAGGGAGGGAGGGAGGGAUGUGUCAGGGAGGGAGGGAGGCAGGGUGGGAGGGAGGGAGAGGCAUGUGUUGGGGAGGGAGGCAGGGUGGGAGGGAGGGAGGGAGGGAGGCAGGGUGGGAGGGAGGGAGAGGCAUGUGUCGGGGAGGGAGGGAGGCAGGGUGGGAGGGAGGGAGAGGCAUGUGUCUGAUUUUUAACGGCCUUCAGCUUGCAGUAACAUCUUCCAGGAGUUUACUGUUAUAGGGAUUGUUUUCUAUUAUUAAACCAGAGUGAAUUUAGUUUCAACAGAGAGUUAUAUUUCCCUGCUGUCUGUUUAUGAAAUACAUGUGACUGGGCUCUGAAACGUGAUGAUGUGUUUUGAUUGGUUAAUUAGUUUACUGACAGCAGUUAGCCUAGACGCCGUUCUCUGACAGUAGAAAGAGGCUUUUAUGAAAAGUGUCUAAGUCACUUCCGCUCAACUCAAUCAAUGUUCUCACAGUGAAUGAAUCCGAGAUGUUUUUUAUUUUUUUAUUUUUUUAUUUCACCUUUAUUUAACCAGGUAAGCCAGUUGAGAACAAGUUCUCAUUUACAACUGCGACCUGGCCAAGAUAAAGCAAAGCAGUGCGAUAAAAACAACAACACAGAGUUACAUAUGGGGUAAAACUAAACAUAAAGUCAAAAAUACAACAGAAAAUAUAUAUACAGUGUGUGCAAAUGUAGCAAGUUAUGGAGGUAAGGCAAUAAAUAGGCUAUAGUGCAGAAUAAUUACAAUUAGUAUUAACACUGGAAUGAUAGAUGUGCAAGAGAUGAUGUGCAAAUAGAGAUACUGGGGUGCAAAAUAGCAAAAUAAAUAACAAUAUAGGGAUGAGGUAGUUGGGUGGGCUAAUUUCAGAUGGGCUGUGUACAGGUGCAGUGAUCGGUAAGGUGCUCUGACAACUGAUGCUUAAAGUUAGUGAGGGAGAUAAGUGUCUCCAGCUUCAGAGAUUUUUGCAAUUUGUUCCAGUCAUUGGCAGCAGAGAACUGGAAGGAAUGGGGGCCAAAGGAGGUGUUGGCUUUGGGGAUGACCAGUGAGAUAUACCCGCUGGAGCGCAGACUACGGGUGGGUGUUGCUAUGGUGACCAAUGAGCUAAGAUAAGGCGGGGAUUUGCCUAGCAGUGAUUUAAAGAUGGCCUGGAGCCAGUGGGUUUGGCGACGAAUAUGUAGUGAGGACCAGCCAACAAGAGCGUACAGGUCACAGUGGUGGGUAUUAUAUGGGGCUUUGGAGACAAAACGGAUGGCACUGUGAUAGACUACAUCCAAUUUGCUGAGUAGAGUGUUGGAGGCUAUUUUGUAAAUGACAUCGCCGAAGUCAAGGAUCGGUAGGAUAGUCAGUUUUACGAGGGCAUGUUUGGCAGCAUGAGUGAAGGAGGCUUUGUUGCGAAAUAGGAAACCGAUUCUAGAUUUAACUUUGGAUUGGAGAUUCUUAAUAUGAGUCUGGAAGGAGAGUUUACAGUCUAACCAGACACCUAGGUAUUUGUAGUUGUCCACAUACUCUAGGUCAGACCCGUCGAGAGUAGUGAUUCUAGUCGGGUGGGCGGGGUGCCAGCAGCGUUCGAUUGAAGAGCAUGCAUUUAGUUUUACUAGUGUUUAAGAGCAGUUGGAGGCUACUGAAGGAGUGUUGUAUGGAAUUGAAGCUCGUUUGGAGGUUUGUUAACACAGUGUCCAAUGAAGGGCCAGAUAUAUACAAAAUGGUGUCGUCUGCGUAGAGGUGGAUCUGAGAGUCACCAGCAGCAAGAGCGACAUCAUUGAUAUACACGGAGAAAAGAGUCGGCCCAAGAAUUGAACUCUGUGGCACCCCCAUAGAGACUGCCAUAGGUCCAGACAACAGGCCCUCCGAUUUGACACAUUGAACUCUAUCUGAGAAGUAGUUGGUGAACCAGGCGAGGCAGUCAUUUGAGAAACCAAGGCUAUUUAGUCUGCCAAUAAGAAUGCGGUGGUUGACAGAGUCGAAAGCCUUGGCCAGGUCGAUGAAGACGGCUGCACAGUACUGUCUAUUACCGAUCACGGUUAUAAUAUUGUUUAGGACCUUGAGCGUGGCUGAGGUGCACCCAUGACCAGCUCGGAAACCAGAUUGCAUAGCGGAGAAGGUACGGUGGGAUUCGAAAUGGUCGGUGAUCUGUUUGUUAACUUGGCUUUCAAAAACUUUCGAAAGGCAGGGCAGGAUGGAUAUAGGUCUGUAACAGUUUGGAUCUAGAGUGUCACCCCCCUUGAAGAGGGGGAUGACCGCGGCAGCUUUCCAAUCUCUGGGGAUCUCAGACGUUACGAAAGAGAGGUUGAACAGGCUAGUAAUAGGGGUUGCGACAAUUUCGGCGGCUAAUUUUCGAAAAAAGUUUUAGUCAAUUUAAUUUAACCUUUAUUUUAACAGUUUGUCCCAUUUGAGGUCAACAUACCUCUUUACCAAGGGAGAGCUGUCUAACAGUAUUCUCUCUUGUUGCAGGUUUACACAAGUCCAACAAGCAGCCAGCCCCCUAUCUGGUCCACGGAGCUAAGAUCAUCAACGGAGCUUUUAGAGCUUGGACCAAGAAACAGGUCACUUUGGUUACCUCACCUAUACAACCUAAAUCCCACCUUUAUAAUGGACAAUGUAUCCUGUUCUGUUUCCUCAGUCUUAUAGGGAGUAAGCAUCACACAGUCUCAUGAUGUCCUGCUGCUACAGCUACUAACUGUGUUGUCACCGUGUCCUCCCCUGCAGGCCCUGUUAGAGCACGAGGAUGAGCUCCCAGAGAACAUGAAGCCCACUCAGCUCAUCAAGGACCUGGCCAAGGAGAUCCGGAUCUCAGAGGUACGACCCUGCUCUGCCCUGUACCGAUCUAUUCUACUGGUCAGGUUUCCAAUGGCCUGUUGUUGUUGUUGUAGAGACACAGAGCAUAUCUGACAUGUUCAUUAACUGUACAGGCAUAACCUAUAUCUGAACUGCAUCCUGGGUGUUGUGGUGAACUGGGUUACUAACUGUACUAUGAACUCACAGCUCAGACUGUUGUCAUGGUUCGGAGUGAAAUAUAAGGGGAGAAAAUAGUAAAGUGAGUAUCUUCGGAUAAAUGACAGUGUCAUUGUGUUGUUGUUGUCCAGAAUGCGGCUAAAGCCAUUAAGAGUGAUUCGAUCAGCAAGCCUCCAGUGGAGGAACUCCCUCCUGCCCCGUCAGAGCCUGAGGAUCCUGCUUCCCCCUCCAGCGUCCCCUCUCCCUCCCCUCCCCUCUGGGAAAAACCAGCCAGGAAGAAGGCCUCCAUGCCACCCAAACCUCCCAAGAUGCCCAAACCUCCCAAGAUGCCCAAACCUCCCAAGCCACCCAAACCUCCCAAGAUGCCCAAACCUCCCAAGAUGCCCAAAGUGUGAAGGAGGGAGGGAAAAAUAAAGGAAAGAAAGAGAAGGAGGUCCCUCCUUCCCCCUCCUCCCCCCCCCUCCCCCUCCUCCGUCAAAGCCCUCCAGCCUGGCAGCUCUGGAGUCUCACGCCAAGGACAUCCUCCGCAAGAUGGACCAGCCCAAGAAGGGCAAGAUGGGGGGAAAGGUGAGAGCAAUAACAGCCAUACCUUAUUAACUUCUGUUACCCUGUUUAACCAUAUUUACAUUUCGGUCAAGAUGGACCAGCCCAAGAGGGGCAAGCGGGGGGGGCAAGGCCCUGAGUUUUACCAUGAGUAACGUGACUGGACCAGUCAAGCUCUACACCUCUACAUCAGGGUGUGCAGGCAUUUGCUCCAACUGAUGCUCCCUGCUCCCCCAGGCGGCUAACAACAUCCUGAGCAUGUCGGAGAAGGAGACCUGUAAGCGGAACGAUUUGGAGAAGAUUGAGAUCCGAGAACAGAACAAGAAACAGACGGAAGCCAAGUGGAAAUAUAAGGUACGCUACAGAACAGUUUCAGUUAGUUACAGUUGGAAAUACAGUUGAAGUCGGAAGUUUACAUACACCUUAGUCAAAUACAUUUAAACUCAGUUUUUCACAAUUCCUGACAUUUAAUCCUAGUAAAAAUUCCCUGUUUUAGGUCAGUUAGGAUCACCACUUUAUUUUAAGAAUGUGAAAUGUCAGAAUAAUAGUAGAAAGAAUGAUUUAUUUCAGCUUUUAUUUAUUUCAUCACAUUCCCAGGGGGUCAGAAGUUUACAUACACUCAAUUAGUAUUUGGUAGCAUUGCCUUUAAAUUGUUUAACUUGGGUCAAACGUUUCGGGUAGCCUUCCACAAGCUUCCCACAAUAAGUUUGGGUGAAUUUUGGCCCAUUCCUCCUGACAGAGCUGGUGUAACUGAGUCAGGUUUGUAGGCCUCCUUGCUCGCACACACUUUUUCAGUUCUGCCCACACAUGUUCUAUAGGAUUGAGGUCAGGGCUUUGUGAUGGCCACUCCAAUACCUUGACUUUGUUGUCCUUAAGCCAUUUUGCCACAACUUUGGAAGUAUGCUUGGGGUCAUUGUCCAUUUGGAAGACCCAUUUGUGACCAAGCUUUAACUUCCUGACUGAUGUCUUGAGAUGUUGCUUCAAUAUAUCCACAUAAUUUUCCUUCCUCAUGAUUCCAUCUAUUUUGUGAAGUGCACCAGUCCCUCCUGCAGCAAAGCACCCCCACAGCAUGAUGCUGCCACCCCCGUGCUUCACGGUUGGGAUGGUGUUCUUCGGCUUGCAAGCAUCAACCUUUUUCCUCCAAACAUAACGAUGGUCAUUAUGGCCAAACAGUUCUAUUUUUGUUUCAUUAGACCAGAGGACCUUUCUCCAAAAAGGACGAGCUUUGUCCCCAUGUGCAGUUGCAAACCGUAGUCUGGCUUUUUUAUGGCGGUUUUAGAGCAGUGGCUUCUUCCUUGCUGAGCGGUCUUUCAGGUUAUGUCGAUAUAGGACUCGUUUUACUGUGGAUAUAGAUACUUUUGUACCUGUUUCCUCCAGCAUCUUCACAAGGUCCUUUGCUGUUGUUCUGGGAUUGAUUUGCACUUUUUGCACCAAAGUACGUUCAUCUCUAGGAGACAGAACGCGUCUCUUUCCUGAGCGGUAUGACGGCUGCGUGGUCCCAUUGUUUGUACAGAUGAACGUGGUACCUUCAGGCGUUUGGAAAUCGCUCCCAAGGAUGAACCAGACUUGUGGAGGUCUACACAUUUUUUCUGAGGUCUUGGCUGAUUUCUUUAGAUUUUCCUAUGAUGUCAAGCAAAGAGACACUGAGUUUGAAGGUAGGCCUUGAAAUACAUCCACAGGUAUACCUCCAAUUGACUAAAAUAAUGUCAAUUAGCCUAUCAGAAGCUUCUAAAGCCAUUACAUCAUUUUCUGGAACUUUCCAAGCUGUUUAAAGGCACAGUCAACUUAGUGUAUGUAAACUUCUGACCCACUGGAAUUGUGAUACAGUGAAUUAUAAGUGAAAUAAUCUGUCUGUAAACAAUUGUUGGAAAAAUUACUUGUGUCAUGCACAAAGUAGAUGUCCUAACCGACUUGCCAAAACUAUAGUUUGUUAACAAGACAUUUGUGGAGUGGUUGAAAAACGAGUUUUAAUGACUCCAACCUAAGUGUAUGUAAACUUCCGACUUCAACUGUAUAUGGUAUGCUACAGAACAGCUUCAGUUAGGUAAGAUAGAGAACAGCUUCAGUUAGGUAAGAUAGAGAACAGUUACAGUUAGGUUAAGAUACGAGAACAGUUACAGUAGGUAA